AUGGCUGAGGCAAGUGGAUCUACGACCAACGGAAAUAAUCGAGAUGUAGUAAUAGAACGAUUGACAGCGUUAGUAGAGAUCCAAUCACAACAGCUUAAUCAAUAUAUGCAAGUUACACUGGCUCCAAGAAUCUAUGAGAAUGUUGGAGAGAGAUUUAGGAAACUAAACCCUCCCAUUUUUGAUGGGACUAUUGAACCAAUGAAAGCAGAAGAGUGGGUACGUACGACGGAGAAUGUGUUUAAAUAUAGUAGAGUUCCAGAUACCGAGAAUGUAAAUUGUGAUGCUUUUAUGCUACGAGGCAGUGCUGGAUUCUGGUGGGAUACGAUGCAAAGCAUUGAGUUUUUUAGACUCUAUGACAUGGACUAG